ACAAAAAGAACCCAGCCACCGACAGCCCUCCUCUUGAGAAAAUUGGUAAGAGGCUUGGGUUUUUGCCUUUCUUUUCUUGUCCAAAAACCAGAUUUGGAGCUUAGAAACCUUCUCCCCCUCCUGGAAAAUCCGGAUUUGCUCUGCUCUUCCUCUUCAUCGCCAGCUGCUCUUGCUUUGUGGGGGUGAAUUGCCUUGAUUUUCUAGUAAGAUUUAGCCAAGAAAUCAUCUCUUUAGCUUUGAUUUGGGCUUGGGUUUGCUUUAAUUCCUCUUGGUUCUUGUAUUUCGAUAGUUCCCCUGAAUUUUCUACAGAUUCCCGCCAGCCUUCUUCCCCAAACUGCAGUCCGAUUGUGCUGGAAAAUUAUGGAUCCAACACAACCCAUCAAUAUGGCUAGAACUUCUCAGCCACAUGAAGUCCAUACUGGGGCUACCGAUGGUAAUGGAGGUUUUGCUACGUGGCCAAACACUUUGACACCACCAGUAGUUGCAGGUACCAGUAUCGAUGGAGCUCCACCCAAUGCAGCCGAUUCCACCCAAGGUUAUGUCACCAUGUACGAUGGAAGGAAAGGCAGCACUGUGGAGCAUGUCAGCAAAUUCCUUGAUGCCAUGGGGGUUCACGCCAAUAACAGAGAUUUGUGUCUACGUGAGUUCUCAAAGUCUCUCUCUGACAGAGCUUAUACAUGGUACACCACUCUGCCUCUUGGCUUUUGGAUCGUUGACGGUGCCAUCACACUACCUCAGGCUCAGGCACAUCGCGAACCCAGCAAUGAUGAUAAGCGCAACCCCAAGUACUGUCGCUACCAUUGCUUUGUUAACCAUGCUACCAUGGACUGCUUUUCCUUGAGAAGGAUGUAUCAUCGACAGGUCUUAGAGGGGUUGUUAAAAGUACCAAAUAGAAGACAGAGGGUGGACAAAGAUCCUUUCCCACUCCACAACCAAGGUGCCAUCACUGUUCUCACUCAUGUGGAAAGCGUUGGAGCAAAUGAGCCAAUUGUUGAAUUCCCUAACAAUACGCCCAACUUCUUUGUCCGUGCACUCCAGCGAACUCCGAAGUUCAAAAUGUUAUUUGAUCAGCUUGGCUUCACUAUUGAGGUGCGACAAAGAGCCACAGAGGCCAUACUCUCCAUUGCCAAUGAGGCUAGAGGAAAAUGCCUUAACGUUGAAGUGUAUGUUAGCCACGCUUAUCUUGAAUCUUCUAAUGCUGUUACAUUUAUUGACAAAGAUGUGGAGGCAUCGAUCGUCAAGUCUUCACUCAGCAUUGUUGGCUUUGGUAGUAGCAGUGAACACACCCUUGGAUAUGUUCAGCUUGAAUUAAAGGUCGGUCCAGUUCAAUCUCAAACCACAUUCUAUGUCAUUGAUGCGAAAGUUUCUUAUCACUUAUUGCUAGGAAGACCAUGGCUGCAUCGACACAAAAUUGUCCCUUCUACUUAUCAUCAAUGUGUCAAAGGCCGCCUAAAUGGAAAGGUUUCCUGCACCCUUGCCAACCCAUUGCCAUUUGAUCAGAUUGAGACCCACUUCAUUGAAGCUACUUUUUAUGAUGAAUUCGCCCCUUCUAGUGAAGCAAUAGUAUCUUGCCCUAGUGACAUUGUCUUACUAGCAUGGAAUGACAUCAAAGAUAAGCCUAAUCUUGAUAUCUGAAGUGUCCUAGAGCAUAAAAGACAAAAAAAGGAGGUAGGAAACACUGUCCAACCAUGUCCUAUGUGCACUCGAACUGUCUUUCCAGGCGGGAGGAUCAAAUAUACUCUAUGAAGGUGU